AUGGGAAAUUGUGUGACCAAUAGAACCAAAAUCUCGACCAAUCUAGAUAAACCAUAAAAAUAAUACAUACAUCAAGCAUUCAUUAGAUAAACUCUAACAAAUCCUGAGUAUUAUUAUUUGGUACUCAUUCUUUAGAUCACGAAACCAAUUAUUGUUAUUUGAAGACAAUUUCAAUGAAAUAUUUGAUGACAUUCCAUAUUUAGGACAAUAUGCUUAUUGGUUUUUAUUGGGAUUGUAAAAUAAUGAAUUAAAAGGAAUUGAAUAUCAAACAAUCUUAUAAUUUUCAGAAAUAUUUAUUUUGGGUAAUUCUCAAAAUGAAAUGUUAACAUUACCAAAUAGAGUUUCUUUAAUAAUAGCAAUUAUUACACUUUUUGGUAAUUUAAAUAUUCAAAAUGCACUUAAAGAAUUUUCAUCAAUGUAAAUAACUUAUCUUUUAACUUCUAAAUGUUUAUAAGUAUUUAUAUCAAUGAUGAUCAGAAAAUCAAAUAUAAAUGAAUUACCUAUUAAAUCAUUUGUAGAUGCUAUAUUUUCUAAACUUGAUGUUAAUAUUCCAAUUUUAUAAUUUGUAAAAUUUAUAGAUACAUUUAUGCCAUCAUUAGAAGAAAUUAUUGAAGAUUAUUAUUAUGAUAAAUUUCUAGGUGAAUAAAAACUAUUUCAUUCUCCUCAAUUAAAUAAUCCAUCACAUAUUUUAAAUCAAGAAUGGUUAGCACUUAUGUAUUUAUGUUUCAUGCAUAAAGACACUAGUAAAUUAGAAUUACUUUAUUCUAAUGUUCUUAAUGAUAAUUCUUUUGAAUUACUAACUAAUCUAUUAAUUCAUUAAUCAUCUAGUUAUUUAUUCAUUAUAUAAUGUGAACAUGCUGCCAGAAAAUAUAUUUUUGGAGCUUAUACUAAUUUUGAAUGGAAAGAUGAUGCAUUACCUAAUGGAAGUAAAGAAGAUUGUAUUUUCUAAUUAUUUCCAUAAUUUAGAGUAUAUAGAACAAAAAAUGAUAAAUUUACUAGAUCAUAAUAUGUUUAUUUAAAUUCAAAAAAUGAAGAAUUAGCUAAAGGAAUAGGAUUUGGAGGUGAAUUAGCUAAAGAAUUUAGAAUAUUCAUAAAUUCAGAUCUUUAAAAUGUUUAAUGUAAAAAUCAUGAUAAGACAUAUGAACCAGGUGAAUUAAUGCCAUUUAAAUAAGGAAAAAUAACAUUAAUGGAAGUUUGGACAAUUUAAUAAAUAUAAGGUACUACUUAAUUUAAAGAUUUAAUAUAAUAAAAAAUGGAAGAUUAAAUUGAAUUUGAAGAAUUUGAAAUACCUUAAAUACGUUUAGAUGAAGAUAUUAGUUCAUAUAGAUCAGGGGAACAUUCUUAAUUGAAUUAAUCUAUAAAUGAAUUAAAAUAAAAAGAUUCUUGUGAUUGGGAAGGUUCUAGUUAAAAUGGAUUUGAAGAAGAAAUAAUAAUAAAGAAUGAUGGAUAUGAAGAAGUAAAGAAAAAUGAAAAAGAAUUUGAAAUUGUUGAAUUAAAUGAUAGUGUAAAUAUUUUAUAUAUAUUAUUUUAUUAGAAUAACAAAACAAGUAUUAAUAUACAAAAUUAAGUAAUUGUUAAUAAUAAUUAAUUUGAAUUUGAAGAAGUAGCUAUUAAUACAACAGAUAAAAUGGAAUCAUCUGCUCUUUAAGUAGUUUAUAAUGUAAAAUCAGGAAAAUUUGGUGAUGCAUCUUAAGAUGAUAAGUAAAUAUUUUAUAUAUAAAAUAAAGUUGGAAUGGAGAUAAUUCUGAUUGGAAAGGAGAUACUAGUAGUUCAAGUAAACCAAAAGAAAUGCUUAUAAGUUAAGAUUUAAAGAUUAUCAAUGAAAAUCUUCAGGAUUAAACCAAUACAGAAUUGUGA